AUGCGCCUCUCCAAUCCAGUCAAGGUCGUGAUUGGCGUUGUCGUGCUCCUGUUCCUCUUUGCGCCAUGGCGCCGCGCGCCACGGUUGACGAUCACCGCCGACGAGCUAUCCCGACUAUGGACAGUCCCGCGCGAAGAGGUUGCGGAACGCUACGAGGCAGCGCGCACGGCUGCCCUUCACCAGCGAGGUUACAACGCGAAGAAGGCGGCUCGAAGUGUGCGAGCGCCCCGCAAGUUUGGCGACGGGAGUGAGACGUUUGACGCGAGCGUUGAUGCGUACACCAAGCGGUUGCGAAAGUUUGUGUCGCACACUCUAGCGUCAAGCACCUCCCGCCUCGCGUUCGAGGACUCAUUGUCGCGGCUAGCUCGCUUCGCGCCUCCACGAGGCGCGCCGCUCCCUCGCGCGCUGUUCAGCACUGACCGCGCCGGUGACUCGGGCGUCGCGGACCUCUAUCGGCUGUGGAACGCGCUUCUUCCUCUCCCCGUUGAGCAGGAGCUCGCUGCCCUCCUCCCCGAGACCGCGUGGGCUGAGCCGGCGCGCAAGGGCGGAACGUGGUCGAGCAUUAUCGCCGACGACGGACAGAUCGAUGCACAGGUCUCCGAGUGGCUCGGCGCAAGCGUGUUCGAUCAAGAGAGUGCGUGGGGCCACACAUGGGAGCAGCUCGAGUUUGGCGUGCUGCGCGCCGACGUCUACCGAUACAUGGCCAUCCUGUUCAGUGGCGGUGUGUACGCUGACUCGGACACAGCGCCCAUCGCACACCCAUACUUCUGGGGCCUCAACGCGAAGUGCAUCACGCACCCAGAUCUCGUCGCGCUUGAGCAGAUCCUCGCGUACCACGAGAAGGGCAUCGACACGACCAACCGCCGCGUCUGGGAGCGCGGAUUGCCGGACAAUGAGACUGAAGCGGAGCCAGCGAAGCGGUUCUCGCCUCCAUACCCUGGUGUGCACCGGCACGAGCGCCGCGCACCGUUCCGCUUCAACCGCGAACCAGUGCCGCCGGAAGACGCGACGACGCUCCUUUCGCCAGACAUCAACGUUGUCGUGGCCGUCGAGUUUGACUCAUCAAUCGCGUGGGACUGGCGCCGCUGGAUGAUGUGGUCGCCUCAGCGGUUCCGCCGCUCGUGGAAGAACUCUGGUGGGGGGCGAAGCCUGCAGUUCACACAAUACGUCCUCUCCUCCAAACCGAACCACCCCAUCUUCAUUGACACGCUCGCGACGAUCAUGGACCUCGUCAACGUCGAGGCGCAGAAGGAGACGCCGACGCUGGGGGCGCUUGACCUCACGGGGCCGGGCCCAUUCUCUGAUGCCGUGCUGAGGUACCUCAUCGUCCGCUAUGGUGUGACACCAGAUCAGCUGCGCAACGUCAAGGGUCCCGUGCGCGUGGGCGAUGUCCUCAUCCUACAGGAGGAGGCGAUGCUUGCACCCGACACGGCGAUACAGCAGCUGCUCACCCAUGUCCGCUCCUUCUUCCCCAGUUUACCUGGGAGUGGUGCUGCGCGAUCAGUACCAGGCGAGAGCCUGUGGUACUGGGGUACCGGGUACCGCUCAUGGCGAAGUGGUGGGCGACGCGUCCUAUUCCACGGUUUGAGCGGGAGAUGGAAGGGGCAGGGCUGGAACGAGGACUAG